GCGAUCCCGCAGCGCUCCCGGCAUGGGGAACAUCGCCUGCGUCCCGCAGGCUCCCGGCGGCUUCAGGAACUCCUUCCGAAGGAAACCCUCGCUGAAGAAGGAACAAAAUGGCAAGAAAAAGCUACCCAGCUUCUUUGGGAUAGAUGGAGGCCAGGAGAGAGACACGACCACGGACAAAAUCCUGCAGUAUAUUCCAGCCAAGAAGCAGGAAAACCAGAAGGAAAACUUGGACCAGAGGUUCCCCAGCCUGUUCAAGAAGGGCCGAAGGAGAACGGUCGUCAGGAAUUUGGGCAAAAUGAUUUAUUACUCCAAGGUCAAGUUUAAGUUCCAGCACUGCCAGGAGGUCAACAGCUGCUUCCUGGAGCUGUUCCAGUCCUACCUGUACUUCCAGUCCACGGGUCCCAACGGCCUCACCUACCAGGGGCUGCUGCCUCUGAAGGAGCUGGAGGUGCGUGAGCUGGGGGCUGGGCAGAGCCCGGGGCAGCAGGACCACGCUUUCCACAUCUCAGGACCCCUGCUGAACCCCCUGGUGGUGUUCUGCCAGUCCGAGGCCGAGCUGAAGCAGUGGCUGUACCACCUGGAGAAGCAGAUCCAGCUCUGUGGAGGGAGCCUGGCCUUGCCCCUGCUGUCCCAGAGCGGCUGGACGCAGCGCGCCGGCGACAAGGACGAGCUGCGCUGGUCCGUGCAGAACCUGCCCGUGCAGGACUGGAGGGGAACCCAGCGGGAAUCCCUGGGAGAAAUCCUCUGUGUGUCCAAGGUGAAGCUCCAGCACCUGCCCUUCCAGGAGCAGCACGACCGGCUCCUGGUGCUGUACCCCUCCACGCUGGUGAUCGUGUCCGAGGAGCCCGGCGGCCUCUGUUUCAAGGGAGAGCUCCCCCUCAACGCCAUCCAGGUGCUUUUUGAGGAGAACGACAAAACCUCCUUUCUAAUCGAAGGCCGGCUGAUAAACUCCAUCCGGGUGACCUGUCCCAGCUACCAGGACUACCAGGAGUGGCUCUACUGCCUCAAAACCGCCCAGUUCCGAAACGCAGACUCCUCCCUGUCGGGCUCCGAGAGCUUCUCUGUGGGGUCAAAGCCGCCACCGCCCAGCCAGUUCCCCAGCAGUGGGAGGGGAUCCCUCAGCUCUGAUGGCCGGACAAACUCCUGGGCGUCCGGAGGGAGAGUGACCACGCUGACCCAGCUGUCCCAGACCAGCGGCUCCCUGCCCGACGGCCACUCCUUCCUGCUGAGCCCCGAGGGCAGGCUGCUCGAGGAGCCCCUCUCCCCUGGCUACUCCCAGCCUCUGCAUAGCCUGGCACAGCCCAGCUGGCCCAGCUCAGCGCUGCCCACGCAGGAGCUGCGCAGGGGGAACAGCGCCAGGAAAUCCAAGGAGCGCUCCGGGAUGGGUUUCUGA